CAUGCGUAUUGUAGGAGGUCACAUUGGUUCAUUUUGUAGUGUUUUGGGAAACACUGUGACAAUGGAGCAAUCAAACGCAGAGCUCAAAUUGAGGCAUGUGGAGUUAGAUGUACUUAUUCCCAAACUAAUGAGGGAGAAGGCAAAGGAUCGCUGUGUUGACAAAGUUGAAGCUUUCAACCACUGUUGUAAGGAGUCUGGCUUCUUCAUGGCGUUUAAAUGCCGGGAGGAGAACGCCGCCUUGAAGGAGUGUCUUACGCUACACUACAAAGAUCCUGCCUUCUUCGAGGAAUGCAAGCAGGAGUACAUCCAAGAAAAGCUAGAGUAUGAGAGGACAGGGAUACCAUCUAAAAACAGGAAACAGAAACUCCCAACUAGUAUGUAAGAAAAUGUACAAAUGAUCAAACAAAAGCUGUCAUUUCCAAAUGGAGAACUGGGAGGCUCUAUCUACAUUCAAGCCUUUUUACUGCUGCCCUCCAGGUACAUGGGGAUGAUCUGGAAGGAUAUGAAUCAGUUAAAACCAGUCUUGCCUCUGAUUUUGUUGCAAACUGAUUAAGUAAAAUUUGGUGUAUGACCAUGCAUUAUUCUUAAGCUCAAAGUGUUCUCAAUUUUAUGGGCUUCUUUCAAAGAACUGCCGGAGUAAUAUCCAAAGUGCCCAUGUUGACUCAGUCAGCGGAGUGAUCCAGGUUAUGAGAAUAUAUACAGUAUACCCAUUAAUUUUUUUCAUUCACUGUCUAUAUAUCUAUCAACUUAAACGAUGUAAUAUACAGUGAAGUGUGUUCACAGCAUACCGCCAUUUGAAGAUGUAUAUUAAUGUCCAAAAUGUUUGUGUAAGUUUUGUACAGUAUGUAAUGGAGUAAUGGAGCAAAUACUGUUGGUGAUAGUGCAAAAAAAUAAAUG